AUGACCUCCAGUAAAGACAUGAAGGCAGGCUCUGUGUUACAGUCCAGCAGCGAGGAGAGGAGACGGGCUCCCUUGGACCAGCUCCCGCCCCCGGCCAACUCCAACAAGCCUUUAACGCCGUUCAGCAUUGAGGAUAUUCUCAACAAACCGUCGGUUAAGAAAUCGGUCGCUAGUAUCUGCCCGCCGAGGGUGCUGGAGAAAGUAACGGGCUCCAACUCGGCGAGGAACGGGAUCACCACUCCCUCCUCUCCGCUGUGCGCACUGGAGGAGCUGGCCAGCAAAACAUUUAAAGGUCUGGAAGUCAGCGUUAUACAGGCAGCAGAAGGUCGAGAGCAUCUAAACGCCUUCGGACAGAGGCAGACGUCGAAGAAGAGGAGAAAGUCGCGGACGGCUUUCACGAACCACCAGAUUUACGAACUGGAGAAGAGGUUUUUGUACCAGAAGUACCUUUCUCCGGCCGACCGCGACCAGAUUGCGCAACAGCUGGGUCUCUCCAACGCGCAGGUCAUCACCUGGUUUCAGAACCGGAGAGCCAAGCUCAAGAGGGACCUGGAGGAGAUGAAAGCGGACGUGGAGUCACUAAAGAAAAUCCCUCCCCAGACCCUCCAAAAGCUCGUCAGCAUGGAUGACAUUGAGGAGCCGCAGGGUGGGGGUCCCGGGGCCAGGUCCCCCAGCGUCUCCCCGUCUUCCCAAGGACACCGGGCUUUCCCUCAGUCCCCCUCCUCGUCCAGAGACCAAACCACGGAUGAAUUCUCGGAGGAGGACGAGGAAAUCGAGGUGGACGAUUGA